GACUCGGACGCGUCGCGUUCGUUCGCGUGUCUAUCAUCCUUUCAGCCACCAUCCUGCGUCAUGACGGACGUUUUCGACGAGGCCCCUACCAUUGUCGACGGCGAUGUUCUCGAAGCUGCAAAGGAGAACAUCCAGCCUCUCGCCAAAGGACGCCGCGUUACCGCUCUCGCAGGCAUCCUCUCCACGCCACACGCCCAGCGCGAAAGCCGUCUCUCGGCUGCGCGCAAUCGGCACCGUAUCAAUGUCGAGGUUGCUCUGGAAGAUGAAGACGACGACCCCCUCGAGGCCUACUGUCGCUUCGUCAACUGGACCGUCGAGAACUACCCACAAGGCCACAGCGCCGAGUCCGGGCUGCUCGAGCUGUUGGAGGAGGCGACGCGUGUCUUGAAGGAUGAUAGAGAAAGGAAGUGGCGGGACGAUAUCAGGUACCUCAAGCUGUGGGUGCUGUAUGCAAACUACGUCGAGAAACCCGCGAUAAUCUACAAGUUCUGUCUGGUGAACGACAUUGGGACGAGCCACACGCUAUUAUACGAGGAGUACGCGACCGUGCUGGAGAGGGCGAGCAGACGCGCUGAGGCAGAUGAGGUCUACCUGCUCGGCAUCGCGCGCAAGGCCACGCCUCUCGACCGACUCGAGAACAAGCACCGCGAGUUCCAAAAGCGUAUGAUGGCCUCCAUCAACCUGCCUCCUCCCGCGGCCGAAUCUACAACCACAUCAUCCUCGUCCCGGCGCCCCGCCCUCGCCGAAACCGCAUCUUCCUCGACAUCCCGCACCCGCACCUCUCGUUCUGGCUCGACGCGCGCGCGUCCGGCAGAAGAUGUGUUCUCUCCUCCAACUACUACUGCGCCCACCGUCCCCAAUGGCCGCAUCCCCGUCUUCGUUGACCCGGCCGGCGACGCGGAGAACGACCCGGAGCAGGCAUCGCCCUGGCCGGAGCUCGGCACGCGCAAGGCACGUAUCAAGGAAAACAUCCCGGAGGUGCGGAAGGCGCAGGGGACCACCCUCAGGCAGCCGGGAAGAUCGGCGCGCUCGGGGAGUGGCACAUCGAGGAUCGCUGUGUAUCGCGAUCCGGAGCCGGGCACCAGCGCUGGGAGUGAAGAGAUGCCUCCGCCGCCUGCGCCGAGUGGCAAGAAGGAAAAGGGGAAGAGCUCCAUCACGAUCUUUAGGGACGAGGACGCUAGCGAGGGGAGUGGCACAGCGGAUGCCGUAGUGAAGAAGGGGAAGGGCAAGAGCUCCAUCGCUGUGUUCAGUGACGAAGAUGCCGGCGAGUCAACGGGCGCACAAGCUGCCCCUGCGGGGAAGAAACCAGACAAGGGGAAGAGCUCCAUCUCUGUCUUUAGGGAUGAGGAGCAGUCGGAGAAAGGAACACCGUCGACUCCGAGCUUCACGCCGUAUCGCGAUGACGAGCCUGCCACCCCGAGCUCUUCCUCCGUCCCUACCAGUGUGAUGAAGCCGCGCAGGGAGGCUCUUGGCCUCACCGAGUCUGAAGCCCUGCGCCGCGACCCUCUGAAGAAUUAUGCUCCUGAGGAGAGGCCGACGGAAGACUGAGAUAGAUGACUCAUGCGAAGAUAUUACCUGUUAAUUUGCUAGUAUCUGGUUUACUGCUGCUCGGAGGCUGUUCCCGACGUGUACUACUAUGCGAUGUUAAGACUAAUGAACAGGUUAUUUGCUUAUGAUGCAUCUUUGACGAACUCGUUUGCUUUAUGCAUGGUCUGCGUAUGGGUGGGUUCUUUCCGGUUGAAUCGCGCCCUUGCUGCCAGUGACACCGCGAACGCGCCG